AUGAACGAUAAAUUAAAAGAAAAACUUAAAAGCACUUUAAUAAUACUCGAGGUUCCUCAUGAGGGUCAUGAAAAGCCUAAUGCAUUGCAAAAUCCAGAUUUAGAACCUAUGCCUCCCUCAAGAAGAGUUUGGGGAUUUUGGUCUUUUUUUGGAUAUUGGGGAGUCCCAAAUAUAACAAUUUGGACUUGGUCUACUGGUAGUGCUAUGAUGGCUCUUGGAUUAAGUAUUGGUCAUAUUAUGGGAGCCUUAACUUUAGGAAAUAUCAUCAUUUGUAUUUAUACUUGUCUUAACUCUGGGCCUGGUUCAAAAUACCACAUUGGUUAUACUGUUUGCCAAAGAAUAAUUUUUGGCGUUUACGGUUCAGGAAUAGGAAUAAUGAUUAGAAUAAUAUUGUCAAUUGUAUUUUAUGGAUCACAAAGCUGGUUAGGUGGACUUGGAAUGGUGGUUCUUUAUUCCAGUCUAAGUGAGAACUUCUUAAACUUGAAAGAUACAUUACCGGAGAAUCUUGCUAUGACAACAAGAGACUUUCUUGGAUUUCUUUCAUUCCAAAUUCUCCAGCUUUUUUUUUAUUUUAUGAGACCUGAGAGAAUGAACAAAUAUGUCAAUUUCUCUUGCUUUAUUACAAUCGUUGCGUUCAUUGGAGUGUUUGUUACAUGUUUGGCAAAAAAUGGGGGACCCGGUGAAAUAUAUUAUGAAAAAGUAGAAAUGAGCAAAAUGAGAAUUGGAUGGAUGUGGUUGUAUUCAAUGACAAUUUGGUACGGUGCUCUUUCUCCAGAUAUCACUAACCAAAGUGAUUUUUCAAGGUUUGCGUCUUCAAAAAAAAAGAUGUAUACUGGAAUAAUAAGCUCAAUAAUGGUGACUGGAACUAUUGUUCCCUUGUUUGGUUUGAUAUGCGCAUCUGCCACUAAAGAUCUUUAUGGAACAGAGAUGUGGUUACCAACAGAUAUAGUAUUAGAAUGGCUACAUUCUGAUUACUCACCUGGGUUACGUGCAGCUUCGUUUUUUUUGGGGUUCGCAUUUGCAGCGUCACAGUUGUCCUUCAACGUAUUAGCAAAUGGUUUUGCUGGAGGCAUGGAUUUAGCAGGAGUUUUCCCUAAGUUUAUCAAUAUUCGUAGAGGAGCAUUCUUAACCGCCUUAUUAUCAUGGGUCGUGCAACCAUGGAACUUUUAUAAUACUUCGUCGACAUUUAUAAGUGUGAUGAGCUCCUUUGGGGUAGUAGUUACACCGAUUAUUGCAAUUAUAGUAGCUGAUUUUCAUGUCAUACGAAGACAAAAAAUUCCUUUGAGAGAUUUAUAUACUACUGCACUGGAUGGCACAUUUUAUUUCACCAGAGGUUUUAAUUUUAGAGCAAUUAUAACCUGGCUAGUAACAACUAUUCCGGGAAUUCCAGGAAUAGCUGCGAGUGUUCAGGCUACAAAAGUUCCAACAGGUUUUAAUCAUUUUUUCUACGGUAGCAUUUUAUUUUCAUUCCUUUGUCCUUUUAUUUUAUACAUAGGUGUUUGCAAACUCUUUCCUUUUAAAAAUCCUGGAGUAAAUGAUGAAUAUGAUCAUUUUAAUGUUUUCACAUUAGAAGAAUGCACUUUGAUGAAUAUGGCCCCAUAUGUUGAAGUAGAGAUCAUUGAGGGUAUAAAGAACAACUUGAAGGGCGAAGACUCUUCGGUUCAUGAAAAAAAUCCUUACGAUAUAGUUUCAACUAAAGUUUAG